AUGGGACCGGCCGAGACCGCCUCUUCACCUGCUUUUCCCCUUUUAGAUCCGAUAAUCGUCGACGACGAGAUGGAAAACGCCUACCAAGAUACAGGAAUGGACUUUUUAGAUCCCACAAGGCUGCAGAUGUCGACAGAAGAUGCGGGUCGGGAUUUCGAUGAUCUCUUUGCUCGAGCUACUUCUUCCCGGGCCGUCGCGGACCCGGAGUCAUCAUGUUUGUCCCCUUCGGAUUUAUCUGUCAAGCGUCAUUUCAAAGAGCAGGAUGUGCUGAAACAGCCUCGUGUGGUAGCUUCAGACUCGCCCGCCGAAUCCCCAGAUGACUCGAGCCGGAGCUCCUCGUCCGAGUCGCCGCGGAAUCAUGUUCGAAACUCGUCUGUUGCUUCGUCUACCUCUGCCGUUCACAGUGAAAGCACAAUGAUGCCUUUUAGAUACCCGUCCGAAGACUGGAUGAACCCCGACCUUGCUGCCGUGAAGGAGGAGCCAUUAUUUGGGUUGGAUGCUGCGCUUCCGAGUAUGGAGGGUGGGUUCACGAUAGAUACUGACCUCGAGUCAAGUAACAAGGCCAUGGAUGCUGCGUUCGAUUUCGAGAGUGCGGCUAGUAGUCCAAGCCCGUUGAAGCCGGACGGCACCCCGCAGCCUAGAGUCCAGAAAAGAUUAAAAUCACAACUACGGAAUCCAUCCAGUUCCAAAUUAAAACAGUCCGCUUCCCCUCAACUUCCUACGUCAGCAUCCCCUUUCUUCUCCCAAUCUAUGAAAGAGUCAUCUCCCUUUUCAGUAUCAAAGCUUCCUGGUCCGUGGGGAGGUCAAUCUCCCUCAUCGCUGUUGGAGGAAAGCUUUGGGGGUAUCAACAUGAAUGGCGGAUCUCCAAUGAACCCAUCUCUCUCAUCAGGCUUGAAUUUUGGACAAAGCGGCCUUCCGUUUAAUAUCAACUUUGCACCAUCACCACCUCAAAGCAGCUUGAAAACAGAACCAUCUCCGCACCAUGUUCUGACAGUCCACCCUACAUCUUUAAAAUCACGAGUGGAGACACAAAUCCCCAUCAGAUUGACUCUAUUCCCAUUGCCUCAAGGCGUGAAAAAAUUGCGCUUGCCGAGCCAUACCAUUUCGAAGCCCAAAUUUCUUGCACCGCCUUGCACUGAACGUUCCCCCGAUACCAUGGAAUUGCAUACCAGUCUUGUGUGCACAAGUGCCAUGCAGGACCAGGAAAAGUUAAAACGGGCGUACGCAAGAGCAAGAGGCGAAAUCCCACGCCGCUCUUCCAAUUCGAGUCCCAAAUCUGUCGAAGACCCUCAAGAAGAAGACAAGCCUUUGGAUGGCGGCGAAGUCAAAAUCUGCGCCGGCUGUAUCCAACGUGAACGCAAGCGUGCUUCCCGCAAGAAGCAGAGGAAACCCGAAGAGGAUGAAUUAUUUCAGAAGGAUGAAGAAAAGAGGGUCAUUGUGUUUAAUACCAACGAGCUCAAGGAGUGGACUGAACCGUCCAAGAACGCCAUGCCGGGGUAUGGUGACAUUCCUGUGCCUGUUAUCCCCGCAGGAGCAAUGCAAGUAGAAUUGCCUAUGCGAAUAGCAUGUUACUGCAGACACCAGAACGAAAAGCUUGGUUUUCAGGUCAUCUUCACUGUCAAAGAUUACAUGGAAAAUGUAAUUGCUCAAGCAAUCACCAAUUCUAUUAUGAUCACAGAUGACCACAAAACACACGCUCCUCCGGCUCCUCCGGCUCCUGGGCCUUCUCCCUCUUUGCCCGACGGGACUCAGUUGCCUGGUGUUGGUGUUUUCCCAUCGGAGCCUAGUUUGGACAGAGGAAAAGCACCAGCUACCGCCCAGCAAUCUUUCCAGUCCUCUCCUUCAGCCACUGAUUUGCAAGGUCUCCAGCAGAGGCUUAAUUCACAGUACCAAUUGACCCCGGGAUCCUUUGCUGUACAAAAUCCUACAAACAACACCCCCAGCUCCCAAAGGAGCCUUUCAAGGCAGACAUCACCGAAUGACUUCCAAGGGCCAAUGAGCAAGCGCCGCAAGCACAGCAACUCCGGAAGACUUCCCUCAGAGUUGACAAUGACUAAACUGGAAACCCCUCAAUCUUCUACCGCCGGACCCUCGACUUCACCAGCCAUGAGCAAUGCCCCGCAAUUCCCCGCAGCUCGUGGAUUCGCAUCGCCAUCUGAGAGGCCUUUUGUGGCAUCGUCUGCCAUGACCGGGCCCUUCGCCAACGGCCCACCUACCCCUAAUAGCAACGACAAUAACCCAUUCUUUAACCCCUCCGCCCAACACCAAAGCCUGGAUAGUCUUCUUCAGCAGCAGCUGAUGUCAGCACCAAAUUCAGCUCAGCCAAGUCGCCCCGGGACACCUGGGACUGCCGCUCGGAAUAAUUUCCAAGAACAGGCUCUCAAUUUGAAUAUCGGCCCUGCCCCAACGACUCCGUUGUGGCCUCCUUUGACAAACGCCGGGAACAGAUUACCAUCUGUCAUACACAAGUUGGUGCCGGCGGAAGGCUCCAUUACGGGCGGAACAGAAGUAACGCUGCUGGGAAGCGGGUUCUACCCUGGAAUGGAGGUUGUAUUCGGUGACACCCUUGCCACGACAACAACGUUCUGGGGUGACAAGUGUCUGAACUGCCUGACUCCACCAGCACUCCAACCAGGACUAGUGGCGGUUGUUUUCAAACACGAGCACCCGACAUUUGGUCAGAUACAACCAGUUCAACCAUUGAUGCCGAAACAGCAGCAGUUCUUCCGGUAUGUAGACGACCGGGAAUUGCAAAUGUAUCGACUUGCUCUGGGUAUCCUAGGACAGAAACUGGGAAGUCAAGCAGAUGCGUUCCACACGGCUCAGCAGAUCAUGGGAAGUGACCCCAAGGCCAUCUUCAAUUUCCAAAAAGAUUUCCAGGGUGGUUCCGGCGGCCAUCAACGACAGGUCCCAGGCUUAGAUUCUCAGGGUAAAUUGAGCGAUCUUGACUCCAAGAUGUUGACGUAUCUCGAAUUUGUCGACCUGGAUGACAGCCCCCGCCCGCCCAAGUUCAAUUCUCGUUGCGGAACGGGUCAAACUCUUCUGCAUUUCGCGUCUUCUUUGGGCUUGACUCGAUUUGUUGCUGGUCUUCUUGCACGGGGCGCCAAUCCGGAUGUACAGGACAGCACUGGGAAUACGCCCAUGCACCUGGCAGCGUUGAGCGGUCAUGCACACAUUGUUCACAGGCUUCGCCUUGCUGGUGCCAAUGCCAAUGCUCGUAGCGUCAGAGCAUUUACUCCAGCUGACCUUGCAACAACACUGCCUGCUCAUCAAGCAGCCUUAAUACCAUCGCGUCAUUACCGUUCGCGAAGUGCUGGGUCUCUAACAUCCACCCGUCGCAGACAUAGCAGUUCGGCAUCUCUCCAUUCCCUCUGGGAAGCUUCCUCUGCAUCUGGUUCUCUCGAUCAAGCGGUCGAUGACUCUGAUUCAUCAGAGGACGAGGAUGUUGAUUCCGAAGACGAACCUGAGCCCGGUUUCUAUUACUCGGCAUCACGACGGUCGAGCGUCCACCAAGACGCACAAUCUCCAUCCUCUGCCGACCAAACAGAGCCAGCAGAGCACGCUCGACCCUUUUCUCCUCCAGCUGCUCUUGUUGCAUGGCGAAACCAGCUUCAAACCCAAAUCAAUCAAUUCCAGCAAAGUGUUUCCAAUGCCUUCCCCAAUCUUCCUGCCCUGCCACCCAUGCCGGCAUUGCCUGAUUACCAAGCGCAUCCAAUGAUGCGUCGCAUUACCAACCUUGUUCCGCACCGGCCGACUGCCUCAUGGCCGGCCAAGGACGGCUGGUGGGAUCUGUUGAAGGGUAACUCUGCGCCAAACACCACAGAAUUACCGUCGUAUGAGGAACUCUACCCUCAUAAGGAAGAGGGCGGGGAAGAAGCUUCAUCGAUGAAGAAGGAAUCUUUGGUCAGAGCAGCCACCGAGGCAGCACUGGACCAGCAUUUCGAGGCGCAGGCUAGCACCUCCAAAGCUGUACCUGCCAGGGAAGAGAAGGAGGAACUCAAAGAUAUCCGGAUUGGUGACAAUGUGAUCUCUCGCGAGCAGCAGAAGCAUCUCAGAGAACAGCAGGCACAGAGAAUGAAGGGACUUGGCAGUGAUCGGAAUUUAUAUUUCAUUUGGAUUCCUCUCCUGCUUCUUGUCAUCUGUGCUUGGGUUAGAAACUAUAUUCCGGGUAUUUGGCAAGGUUUUUCCAGCGGCUAUGAGUUCGUUAAGGCCCGUUAUACACAACGGGCCCUGGAAGCUGGUGUCUAA